CACACACACACACAAACACACUCUCACACAGAGAGCAUGUUUUUAAGGCACGACCACCUUGGAAUAACCAAUAUACAUCCAGCAUUGGCUGCGUCUGAUGGAGAGCUGAACGUGGCACCUGAGGAGCGGGGGGGCGUGGCCGAGCUAGGCCACACCUCCAGCAGCAACUCCAGCCUACCCACAGUGCCGAGCGGCGGGGGGAGUGGCGUUGGCAAGGUGGCGAGCUGGGCCGUGAGCUUUGAGAGGCUGCUCAAGGACCCGACAGGAGUCCUGUACUUCACGGCUUUCUUGAGGUCAGAGGUCAGUGAUGAAAACAUCCUGUUCUGGCAGGCCUGCGAGAGGUUCCGACACAUACCAUCCAAUCACACAGAUAAACUGAACCAGGAAGCUCGGUCCAUCUACACCAACUUCCUGUCGUCCAGCGCCAGAUAUUCUGUCAACGUAGAUGACACUGUCCGUGUUGAAGAGGACAUGAGGAACCCCCAACCUGACGUUUUCAACAGCGCUCAGCAACAGAUAUUCAAGCUGAUGAAGUUUGACAGCUACCGCCGUUUCGUGCGCUCCCAGCUGUUUCAGAGCUGCAUGCUGGCUGACGUGGAGGGCAGGCCACUGCCGGAGCUCUCUACCCUCACACAGAGCCCCCAAGCUGGGCACGCCAGCGCCAACAGUAGCCCCUCCCGCUCUGACGCAAGCAGGGCGGCGGAACGCAAGCUCAAAGAGGGGUCAAAGCUGAAGCCAGGGAGGAGCCCCCCUGUGGAGCACAGAGCAGAGAAGAAGAGAGGAGGAGGUCUGGCCAAUAAACUCUCACGAGACAGACGGCAGGAGAAGAGAGGAUCUUGGGGAGCAGAGCUAGCCAAUCAUGCUGCUGCAUUGCAAUCUGACCCUCUGAGCAUGCCCAGACAAGCGGGUGCUGUGCAAGGAGAAAAAGUGUCUAGUGUAGGCGGAGCUGAGAAGUACUGCUGCGUCUAUCUCCCAGAUGGCACUGCCUCAUUGGCUCCCACCAGGCCAGGGCUCCCCAUUCGGAGCAUGCUGAUUGGCCUGUGUGAGAAAAGGGGCCUCCCCCUCUCUGAUGUCACCAUCUAUCUGCAAGGGAAAAACAAACCUCUCUCUAUGGACCAGGACAGUUCCAUUUUGAAGGAGCAGCAGGUGUAUCUGGACCUCAGCAUCUCCCUCAUGGUGUCAUUGGCCUGGACAGGGGGCACUAUGGGUAUUGUAGUGAAGUCCAGUAAGACUCUACAGGAAGUGCUGAACCCUCUCCUGCAGAAGCACCGUCUGCGACCACAGGACGUCCUUGUUACCAUGAUUGGGACCAGAGAUGUCCUUAGUAUGACCAGGACGGUCAGCUCUCUGACCAUCAAACACAUAACACUGGAAAGAGUAAAAGGUGGAGAACAGUCCGGAACCUCCAGAUUGCCCCCCCCGGUCAACCUGUCCUCCCAGGGAAGCAGCUCCCUCCCUUGGGACAGCAGCAGCACGGGCGCCCCCCUCCCAGAGGACUGCUCCAGGGCCAGGCAGAAGAGACCGAGCCCACGAAGGCCCUACGACAUGGAUGGUCUGAUGGAGCUGCUGUCGUCGGCCCCGUACUGCUGUAGUGUGGAGGACCAAAGAGGCCUGCUGAAAAGAGAGAUGCUAACCCUGCCAGACUUCCUACAGUGCCCCCUGGAGGGCACACACACUCCGGAGGACCUCGGGCCCCAUGCCUGGAGAGAGGGACAGGGGGAGGAAAGGAGGAGGACGAGGAGUGAGAACGGACAGAUGAACAGUCCUGCCCGAGAUGUUGCUGAAGCCACGCCCAUAGCCUGGAUACCGUUUCCUAGUAACGUAGCCCUCACUCAGAAAGGGGGGGGACAGAAGGGACCACCUCUCUCGCAGAGCCCCUCCCCAGACCCAGGCAGGGAGACAGAAGUGUGAGGAACAACCACACCCUGGUGGUGCUCUUUUGUAAAAUGCUGUGCCAGAAGUGCACUUUAUUUUGGUGACCUUGCAUGCAGAUAUUGCUAAAACCCGGAAAAAAUAGUUUAACAAAUGUUUACUUGACAUAACAUAAGCUUUUGGAUUGGAUAAACAAAUUGUAAAGGACAAGAAAUGUCAUAGGGUUAGGGUUAUGGUGUCAACAUAGUUUUCUUAUGGGUAAUGCAUCUGUAACUUAUGUAACUAAAAUGAAUUACAUGGCAAUUCCCGAGGUCAUUCACAUUUGUGACAUGAUUAUAAAGCCCAGGAUGACAAAAGAUAUAAACACAAAGAACAGGUGGCAAAAGUACUAUCGCAAAACCCAUGUCCUCUAAAAUGGACAAAAAUGAAUUAUUGGGUCUCAGGAGUCUAUACUGAAUGGGUCGUUGAGCCAGGCACUGAAGGAUGAGGACGUUAGCUUGACGAUGUGAAGCUGCAGAGAGUUCUAGAAGCUGUGAGAGCUCCAGGGGAGUUUGUCUGCUGACAGACAGACGCUUGGUCUGUCUCUGUGUUCAGAAUCUGUACGUACGUUUCGAAAGAUAUCAUUAAAAGGCUGACAACUGGAUACUGGGAUAGUUUGCCUUCUUGUUCUCUCUUGCAUG